AUGUGUCGAAACACUAUCAGCAUUCCACUGGCACCAGUGCAAACCAGAGCUACUAACAAGAGAAACAUGACAGAGUUUGCUACAGGACUUAUGAUUGGGGCUGCUGAAGCAGAGGAAGCAAUUCAGAGAAGGAAGGAGCUCUAUAGACAGGACCUGCUGGAGCAAAUAGCGGAACAACGCAGAAAUAGGAAAAAGGAAAAGGAACUCGAAUUGAAAGUUGCUGCUACAGGAGCUAUUGACCCGGAGAAGAAGCACCACCAGAAGCAGUUUAUGACCGUGUACCUGCCUGAUCUCCUACAGCCUGACAGGAUUAAGCAGUUUGGUUCUGCAAGAAGGGAGCAUGAGGGCAGGAGACGGGAUGUGCUCUUCAAGCCUGGCAUGGGACUGGAUACCCCCAGGGCAAAUGAAGACAAAAAGACAGAAGAUGUCAAGAGAGAGCCACCUAAGAGACCAAGUAUGGCUUUCCAGUCUCCUGUUCUGGAAUACAGCGCUACUCCGGGGCAGCUGGGUAACACAGCGAGCACUGGGGUCAGGAACAGUGGCAUCACAGCCUUCAGUGAGAACUUUCACAAAGGCCUCUCAGGAGCUAUUGGAGAAAUGGUUUCCCCCAGACCAUCGUCACACCAUGGCAUUUCUUCCCCUGAAAUUGGAGCGUAUCCUUCUGAUAGGCACCACCGUCCCAAAGAGCAUGUUGAAAGCUACAGGGAUGCACUUAAACAACAGAUUGAAGACAGGAAGGAAAGAAGGAGACGAGAGAGGGAGGAGAAUGAAAGGUAUGAGGCUAAAGUGGAGGCAGAGAUGAAAGCCAGUGAGCCGUGGGGAAGAGGAGGUGCUGGGGCGCCACUUAGGGAUGACCGAGGAAACCUCAUCAUUUCCCCCUUCACUCAGCCCUCGCCAUACGCACGGGGAAAUGUGUUUAGGGAACUCCCAACGCCGCAGCAGCUCCGUGAGCAGAAGAAAUACAAGGAAUGUCUGAAACAGCAGAUCGAGGAGAAGAGAAGAAUGGAGGUGGAGAGGAGAAAGGAGGUGAGGCUGGAGGAAAAGGAGCAGCAAGAGGAAAGGAAGAAAAUAGAGUGCAGGCACAGGCCUAACGACGAGGCAUAUGUGUACCCAGAAUCACGUAACAGAAGAGCCAUAGCAUCACCGUAUUGGAAUGGAGAUACCCCUAGACCAGAGGAUAAGGAUUCUUCCUUACAGAAAAUAUCAAAUGAAGUUUCCUCCUUCACCCAGCCCUCACCAUACGCACGAGGAAAUGUGUUUAGGGAAUUCCUGACGUCACAACAGCUCCUUCAGCAGAAGAGAUACAGGGAAAGUCUAAAACAGCAGAUAGAGGAGAAGAGAAGGAUGGAGGUGGAGAGGAGAGAGCAGCUGAGGCUGGAGGUGGAGAAAGAGAAGAGGCUGGCUGAAGAUACAGCACACAAGCAAAGGCAGUUUGAGGAGGAGCAGGAAAAGAAAAGACGCAAGAAAAUGCAGCAAAACACAAGAAACCAGGAGUUGAUUCGUCAAGCUGAUGAGCGGCGCAGAGAGGCCGAAAAGAAGAGCAAGGAGGAAGAAGAGAAGGCAAAUGAUGCACUGAAGCAGCAGUAUGAGCAGGAAAGGCAAGCCCGGCUCGAGCAGGAAUUCAGGACACGUUCUCCACCUAUCCCCACAAUACAAAAGAGACUGGGCAUCCAGAUUUCUCCCAGACCACCUUCAGGCGACAGCCAACGAUCAGCUACAGCUUCCUCUGUAAUUCGGUUUAUUCCCACUCCCCAGUCACCACCUGUCUCUGCACAGAGGAACCAAAUCAGAUUGGCAGAAGACCAGCAGAAUGUAAUCGGGAGGUUGUCAGUUCUGCGUAGGCACCUCAGAAAUGAGCAGAAGCACCUUAAAGUGCAGCUACUUCAGUCAGACAGAGAGGAUUCACAAACUCCCUUGAAAAACAGAUUACGUUGAUCUGUUGUCUCCCAUAAAGCCUCCUCCUUGUCAGUCACCCUAGAGACCUGGCUCCGCCCCCGCACCACCAAGAUGCCGAAGAAGCUGAUGGCUGGUCGAAGUCUGUCCAGCCACAACCUGCUAAAAGACAUGAAUGGGAUGCGCUAUCCACUUACCACGUCUAGGGCACAUUUUCCUUUUGAUACAUUACAUUUUUUUGUAUCGUAUAUAAUAUAAUUGUAAGAAAAUUAAC